UGUUAAGGCUACUUAGUGUUUUGAGGAUUACUCGCUUUUGCUUAAUCCUCUAGUAUGCCCUAUGUUGCGUUUUUGAUGAGCAUGGUGACUAUGUCGAAUUUCAGUCAAACUGUUAUCUUAUGAGUUUUGAGGUUGUAAGGAACAAUCAUCGUUUCUGUUCGGUGUUUUAUAAUUGCAUCGUGCUAUAUGGGAUCUGUAUUACUUUUAAAAGCUGGAUAAUCUUUGGGUUUAUCUGAUACACUUUAAUGGCAAUGGAGGACACACUGCCACCCUCCUCUUCAACGUUACAGGGUAACAACGUCCCUUCUAGUGAUGCAUGGCGGCAAGCAUAUCUCAGAGUUGCUUCUCAGUGGCACCAGAUUAAGCAAUCACGGAGACCGAUUUUCCAAAUACCAAUUUCAAGAGUUAACCAGCUUGAUGCUGGUAAACUUGAUGUUGAAAUCUCAGCUAUGUUGAAGGAACAGCUUGUUAAGGUUUUUUCUGUCAUGAAGCCAGGGUGGUUAUUUCGAUAUGAACCAGAGCUAGAUGCAUUUCUCCAAUUCCUCAUUUGGCGGUUCUCGAUUUGGGUAGAUAAGCCCACUCCAGGAAAUGCACUUAUGAACCUGCGCUAUAGAGAUGAGGGAUCUACGAUGGUGGUGCCAAAAGAGGAAGUCAGGACAGGGUUGGAGGGUCCUGGUCUUACCCGAUCUCAAAAGCUCUGGUAUUGCCUGGCCACAAUUGGAGGUCAAUAUGGAUGGACCAGGCUGCAGUCUUUUUCUGCUUAUCGAAGCUGGGGUGACAGUGAACAUAGGUCUUGGACUCGUCGAGCAUGGGUUCUCCUCCAACGAGCAGAGAGUUUCUACCAAGCUGCAUUAUUCAUAAACCUCCUUAUAUUCCUUUACACGGGAAGAUGCAGGUAUAGAAAUAUUGUUGAAAGGAUUUUAAGAGCUAGGCUUGUUUAUGAAAGGCCAAAUAUGAACCGCAGUGUCAGUUUUGAAUAUAUGAAUCGCCAGCUAGUAUGGAACGAGUUUUCGGAGUUACUAUUAUUAAUGUUGCCUUUACUGAACACAACAUCGAUAAAGAAAAUCUUAUUUUUUCCCUUUGCAAAAGAUAAAUCAGAUGGAAAUUCUCUGGAAGAUGAUGCCUGUCCAGUUUGUGGGGCAAACCCCAUCCUAAUUUCAUUCAUUGCUGUUCCAUGUGAGCACAAGUACUGUUAUUACUGCCUUCGCACUAGAUGUGCAUCUACCUCAUCUUUUCAUUGUUUAAAGUGCAAUGCUCAGGUGGUGGCCAUGAAAAGAAACAAUAUUCGUUUAAAUACCAUAGGAGGAAAUUAAAAUUAGAAGGUGAUAUAUAAGCAGACUGUAAGCUUGUCUGCUGUUUAUUCUUGUAUUUUUGGUUGAUAUUUCUUACCAUUAGCUCAUGUGAAGGCAUUUUUGGUUGAGCAUUAUGUAUUAUUAAUGACAUUGAACUUCAAAUAUGUUAUUUUGGUACAAUCUUGCUUCCUUGGUGACAUUCAAAUGGAACUUCAACUUUUAUGUAAUUUCCAUAUCAAUGUCAUUCAUGUCGAAGUUACUUA